AUUUAGAGAAAGUUUUUUUCUGUUUCUCAGGGGACACGAAAAUCCCCUCCCUGACAGUGACGCCUCUAAAAGUGUCCAAUUUAGGUAGACAGGACGAUCUCUGAUAUGGAUCAAGUGCCAUCUGUGCCCAAUUUACUUUCAGGUCGUGGAUUAUUGAAUUUAAUGAUAUGGGUGAUUAUCGACGAAUGCUUUGAGCCCAUUAGGUGGUCGUGUGAAAACACUAAUAGUGUUUGUGUCACGUGUCUGGCUGUGGGGGGACAGACGCUUUAAAGAGCGCGCUCCGGUCAUCUCAUGCACGCUACAAGACUGACAGAGGCAGAGGAGGAGACGUCCACAUUUCGAGGGAUCAUCACAGCCAUUCCGGUUUGAUGAAGAGUAGAAGACGAGAAGUAGGCAAAACUAUGACAAGUUCCUCUCCGCGCGCGUAAUUACGCACGUCAGUCAUUUUUCCCUCUUUAAAGGUUCUUUCUGUGUGAAGGAUGCUGGACCCCAAGGACUGUGGAAUGACAAUGACGUCAAGUCAUAAGAUUUCCUUUUCUAUAAUUGAUAUAUUGGAUCCCAACAAAUUCAACAGUAAAAGGGUAAACGAACUUUCCACCGGCAAGGAGAAGUUUCCUGCACCAGAUGCAGAGGGAACAAGUUUGGAGUCGGACAGCACCGCAGGCGGAGACUCAAGAGUUGAGCGCACGAAAGCAGGGGAUGAGGCAGGUGAUGGACACUCUGCAGCCUCCAGUAAUCACACAGUUGUCGCUGACCCCCUGCUGCUAUCCCCGUCAGCUGAUACAGAGCCAUAUCUCACCGGGGAACAGGACGACGGAGAGUCGACCGUCGCCCUCCAGGUGCCCUCCCCGCACAAGCGUCGGCGUCCGGAUCAAGCCUGCGCCAAACCCCGGCGCGCCAGAACGGCGUUCACAUACGAGCAACUGGUGGCUCUGGAAAACAAAUUCCGCGCGACUCGGUACCUGUCCGUAUGCGAGAGACUAAACCUGGCCUUGUCCCUGAGCCUGACCGAAACCCAGGUGAAAAUCUGGUUCCAGAACAGGAGGACCAAGUGGAAAAAGCAGAACCCGGGGGCGGACAGCACCCUCCAACCCGGCUCCAACUCCCUCGUCAGCGUCAGUCCGAACCCGGCCACCUGUGGGUCGAGCUCAGCCAGCUUCCACCAAACUUUCCCCAACUUCAGCUCUGGGAACGUGAUUUUCCACACUGCCGGUGCUGUUCCGCUUUCCUCCACUGGAGGCCUCCUGCAUCCCUUCAUGUCCAGUGGAUUCGUCCAGCCGACUUAUUUUACUCCUCAUCUAUGAAGGAAACCAAGACUGACAUAUUGCAGCUGGUUAUACUUUUGCAAAAAACAUUUUUCCUGGGACAAAAUAAUACCAGCUGAACUCUUACUGCCCAGAAUCAUUGUAGCUGUUGCAUUAAUGCCAUAUCAAGGGAGGGGGGAAACAGGCACUUGUUUGUACAAGGUGUCUUGUUCCAUUAAGACACAUUUGAAGGAAACUGAAGUUCGAAUAUUCUAUUGACUCUCUUUCAACGUCAUAACAAAAGAACCAAAUGCCCAAUAAAAGCAUUUACAGUGUUCCUUCUGUCAAACGUGCACCACAAUGCACUGAUUGUCUGUCACUGUCUUUGCUCAAACACAACACAAACAUUGUGUAUUUAACAGCUCAUACAGCAUCAUUUUCUACAUCUGUGUGUUUCUUCCUCUCAGAGGUUUGCACAGCUCAUGUCUGUUGCCAUUAAUACAACAUUAUCAGUGUAACUUAAUAAUAAUAAAAAAAACAUCAGUGUGUGACCCCUGUAUGACAAAGUAAAAACAUUUCAAAUUAGGAUACAAGACCUUUUUAUAUCCCUCUUAACAUUAAUCUGUCUAAAAGUGACAUCAGUGAUAGGUUGGUUAAUGAAGGUAGAUCAUGUCCUUGUUAAACGGCCCCUUGGAAAUGACUCAUGCUGCCAUCUCCGGGGCAACAAGACUGAGCUUUUACCAGAAGUAAAUCUAGGAAGCUUAGUAAUUACUGUGUGACCAGAGACAGAUGCCUCUAUGGGAGCAAGUCUAAUGUUUAAAUUCAAACUUUAAAGCAGUGCUAUGUUACAUUUAUAUACCAGAUGGUAAUAGCUAGUUACUUUGUAAAGAUUUUGCAUACAAAACAUACAUAACAGGAGUUUAUGUAAUAUGCAGCAUUGAUGUGAUA